AUGACAUCUGGAGCCUCGGCCAAACCAACAGCAGUUUCCAACAAGGCUGUUGUGACUCUGCAACCCAACUGGUCUCUGAUAUACAGUGGUGAGACAAUCACUGUCAGAUGUGAGAUAGAGGGAGGUGGAAACACUGGAUGGGAAUAUGAAUGGAAAGUAAACAACUUGGACAUAUCUCACAAAGAUAAUGAAUACAAGAUUAUCAGUGUUUCCCACAGUGGAGACUACAGGUGUAAGGGCAGAAAGGACGCAUAUUCCUCAACAGAGUGGAGUGAUGCCAUCAGAUUGACAGUAUCAUCAAAUAAAUCCAAACCCACAUUGACAGCAGACAAAACCAUCACACCAGUAGGAGGCAGUGUGAGACUGACCUGCUCUGUGGACGGUUCUGCUGACUGGAAAUACGACUGGUUCAGACAAACCUCUGAGUCUUCUGCACCUCAACUCAUAAGAAAUGUUAACCCAAACAGAGCCAUAAGUGUUUAUGAAGGAGGCAUCUACUACUGCAGAGGAGGAAGAGGAGACUCAGUCUUCUACACAGAGGACAGCAACAAAGUUACUAUUCAGGAAACUGUUUCCAACAAGGCUGUUGUGACUCUGCAACCCAACGGUCCUCUGAUAUACAGUGGUGAGACAAUCACUGUCAGAUGUGAGAUAGAGGGAGGUGGAAACACUCGAUGGGAAUAUGAAUGGAAAGUAAACAACUUGGACAUAUCUCACAAAGAUAAUGAAUACAAAAUCAUCACCACUUCUGUUUCCCACAGUGGAGACGACAGGUGUAAGGGCAGAAAGGACGCAUAUUCCUCAACAGAGUGGAGUGAUGCCAUCAGAUUGACAGUAUCAUCAAAUAAACCCAAACCCACACUGACAGCAGACAAAACCAUCAUACCAGUAGGAGGCAGUGUGACACUGACCUGCUCUGUGGACGAUUCUGCUGACUGGAAAUACGACUGGUUCAGACAAACCUCUGAGUCUUCUGCACCUCAACUCAUAAGAAAUGUUAACCCAAACAGAGUCAUAAGUGUUUAUGAAGGAGGCAUCUACUACUGCAGAGGAGGAAGAGGAGACUCAGUCUUCUACACAGAGGACAGCAACAAAGUUACUAUUCAGGAAACUGUUUCCAACAAGGCUGUUGUGACUCUGCAACCCAACGGUCCUCUGAUAUACAGUGGUGAGACAAUCACUGUCAGAUGUGAGAUAGAGAGAGGUGGAAACACUGGAUGGGAAUAUGAAUGGAGAGAAAACAACUUGGACAUAUCUCACAAAGAUAAUGAAUACAAAAUCAUCAGUGUUUCCCACAGUGGAGACUACAGGUGUAAGGGCAGAAAGGACUCAUAUUCCUCAACAGAGUGGAGUGAUGUCUUCAGAUUGACAGUAUCAUCAAAUAAACCAAAGACCAAACUGAGAGCUGACAACAGAGAUAUUCCAGUAGGGGGCAGUGUGACCCUGACCUGCUCUGUGGACUCAUCAUCAUCUGGUUGGAAAUACUACUGGUACAGAGGAAAGAAAACCUCUGAACCCCUGACCACACAAGAUGUUGUUUUACAAUCAAAUGGACAAAUCAGGGUCUCACAGGGAGGAUCCUACUGGUGCAGAGGAGGGAGAGGAGACCCAGUUUACCUCACAGAGGACAGUGAUGAUAUCAGGAUCAACAAUAUUGUCCUAAAAGCUGUCAUGACUCUGCAACCCAACUGGACUGAGAUAUACAGCGGAGAGACGAUCAUGCUGAGAUGUGAGAUCCACAAAGGAGACACAGAGUGGGAGUAUGAAUGGAAGAGUCCCCCUGGCACAUAUCCAAAGAAAAAUGAAUACAUGAUUAGCUAUGCUUCUUCACACCACAGUGGAAACUACAAGUAUAAACCAGCAGCUGUCCUCACUGUGUCUCCAUUAUGGCUGAGUCUUGGAGACUCAGUAACUCUGAGCUGUGAGGUUGAACAUCCAUCUGCAGGAUGGAGGUUUUACUGGUAUAAGGCUGUUCCCAAACUAUCAGACAACUCCUACAUCUAUGAGCUGCUACCUGGUAGCAUCAAUGGGACUGAACAGGAUUCCUACAUCAUUCAUGGACCGACACACACAGCAAGAUAUAAGUGUAGAGCUGGAAGAGGAGACCCAGUGUAUUACACUCAAUACAGCAAACCUGGGUUUGUUUGGUCUGGAAAUGUUCAUUCAGCAGUGACUCUCAAAGUGAGUCCUGACAGAGUGCAGCACUUCAUCAAUGACUCUGUUUCACUGAGCUGUGAAGGAAACUUUACUAAGUGGAGAGUGAGGAGGUUUCCUGAGGAUCGCUACUGGUCAUACUGUUAUUACUGGAGGUCCAUGACUGGAUCCACAUGUAACAUCUACAGUUCACAGCAGAGUGAUGCAGUGUACUGGUGUGAGUCUGCAUCAGGAGAGUUCAGCAAUGCCGUCAACAUCACUAUACAGAAUAUUAUCCUGGUGAGCCCUGUGCAUCCUGUGACUGAGGGACAGUCUGUUACUCUUGGCUGCAAACUGAGGACAGGAGAAUUACUUUCCAACGUGUUUUUCUAUCAAAAUGACAAACUUAUCCAAAAUGAUACCAGAAGAGAGCUGAAUAUCUCUGCAGUGUCAAAGUCAGACGAAGGUUUCUACAAGUGUAAAUACUCAGGAGAAGAAUCAGCUCAGGGUUGGAUGUCAGUUCAGGUGGCCAGUGAAAACUCUUCAUCUCUUAUUCCAUUAAUUGUUGGGCCGGUUUGUGGAGUUGUAUUUAUUAUUCUCCUGGUCCUGUUGUAUCGCUACAGACCAUCCAAAGAUGAUGUUUGUCUCUAUGACUCAAUCAAAGGCUCUGAAGACCCUGAAAAUGAUUAUUAUGCCGACCCUGGAGCACAAAGUCAGAAUCUGAAACGGACCAAUCGGCAACAGUGA